GCUUACUUUGGAAAGACAUAUUUGUUGAUUUUUAUUCAAGAAAGUUUCUUCUUGGGUUUGAACAGUGUGCAGAUGAUUUAGGCGGACUAAAUAUGGGAACUGUCAACUUCCACUGGAAUUUAACUAAGAAUUAUAUCACCUUUGGGCUCAUUGGCCUUACUGUGUCUGAUCGGUAUGCUAGUAUAGUUCCUGUUGGUGGCAUUUCAAUGUCGCCUACAUUUAAUCCACAUGAUAGUUCCAUGAGAUCCUUGACGCGUGACUUUGUUGUUGUGGAGAAGCUUUGCCUAGAAAAAUACAAGUUCUCCCUCGGCGAUGUGGUUGUCUUCAGCUCUCCAACUAAUCAUAAAGAGAAAAAUAUGAAGAGAAUAACAGCCUUACCAGGUGACUUGGUCAGUACCCCUCAUUAUGAUGCGGUAGUUAUUUCUGAAGGACAUUGUUGGGUUGAAGGCGACAACCAGGCUUGGAGCUUGGACUCAAGAUCCUUUGGCCCUAUCCCUCUUGGUUUGGUUCGUGGACGGGUGUUGGUAGAGUUGAAAGAAUCACACCGAAGACCUAACACAUUUCUAAUUGUAUUUUGAAUAUAUCAUGAAUUUCAACUCGAUUGAUUUCUUAGGCACUUUCCUCAUGUAGGAAGACAUCAACAUUCUAGCAAAUGUGAUAGGUGCAUAAUCGCUAUUCUUUGAUAGCACAGAAUCAUCCUCUUGAUGUGCUUAUUUAUUGGAAAUUUUGUGCUGUAGUGGAAUAGUUAAAUUUCUUAUUGCUUAGCAUUGUUACAAGGUCAUUUGCAACAAGUUCCCAUGGGCUUUU